AUGAGCACCAAUUCAACGACAGAGAAAGACCCGGCCACCAACAAGGCUACUGAACUAGACACCAAACCUAACACAAACACAACAACAACGAAGAAGACGCUUGAAGAAGACGAUGAGUUUGAAGAUUUUCCAAUAGAUACAUGGUCCGAAAAGGAUACGUUAAAGAACGUAGAUAAUAUACAAACGCAUCUGUGGGUGGAGAAUUGGGAUGAUGUGGAAGUUGAUGAUGAUUUCACUAAUGCAUUAAAGAACGAAUUGGAAAGAUAUAAACAGGAAGAAACACAGUAA